AAUACACAAAAUAAUACACCAAAAUUGAAAGUUUAGUGUUAGGGUUUGUAAAAAAAACAAAAAAUUGAUAUUUUACAUGAAUAAAAUUAUAAAAAAUAAUAAAUAAAUAAAUAUAUAUACCGGAUCGGAUUCCGGCUGAGGUUUUUAUUCCUCCACCCCGAUCCGUCCCCUAUUCGAGUUUUAAAUCUUUGCUUCAAGUCCGUCCCGCAAUCUCGAUUUCUUGAGAAGAUGGGGAGGUGCACCGCGGAUAUCAGAUCGUUCGGGACAAAUUGCCAUUCCUAUUCUGUCCUAUUCUGCUGCUUCAGAAAUAUCUAUCUUCUCCUGUGUCACUUGAACUUUUAGGACUCUUACCAUUAUGGUUCCUCACAAUAAUUCCGAGACUAGCAAAUCCCUUCCCUACCGAUGCAUCAGAGUUCAAUUUUAUGACCCCAUUCGGGGGAGGGGACAAAGAGGAGGCUGAAGCUUCAAUGCAAGCUGGCAGGUUACUAGUUGGAAGACUGCUGCUUGAAAAUUCUCCAAAUCUUCUAUAUAAAAGUCUGACUUCUUCCUCCAGCAAGCUUCUUUUCCCUUCGAUGACCACCUUGUUCUAGACUUUCCAAAUAGUAUCAGGAGCUAGCACCGCAAAUAGGAAAAAAUUCAAAUCGUCACUCUCGUGAAUUGGAAUCUUUCCAAAUGGUUUUGUUAACCAACCAAGGUAGGUUUCCAAGCUAGAAUGUUGGUCAUCUUCCCACUUAAUAUGCCAAGGGGAAGCUAGCCAAAUUGCUCUAGCAAUAGUACAGUGGAAGAACAAAUGAACCUUGUCCUCUAAACAUGCGCACUCAUGGGGAAAACUAGGACUCUCCAACUUCCAAUUGAGAUGAAUCAGAACAGAUCUCACGGGUAGGCAAUGUGAAGAGAGCCUCCACAUGAAGAAUUUAAGCCUUUCGUGGAUGUUACUGGACCAAAGAAAAUGCUACCACUUUGUGUUCUUUCCUACCGCUGGACAAAGAAACUUGUAAACGAUUUAACUUGAAACCUACCCGAAGUGCUUCCAGUCCAGAUCAAUUUGUCUUCCAGGGAACCAUUUGUCCAAAAAAUUUUGGAAAUGUUAGUCACUGAAUCCUUAUCAAAAAGCUGAUUCAAAAGAGGGAGGUUCCAUUUACCAUUAGGGAGAAGCAGGAACUCUACCAUUCCACAUUGCAUGGUUAGUAAAUUCGGGUUUGGUGGAGGCCAAAAGUUGGGGCAGUUUGGAACCCACGGGUCCUCCCAAUAGUCAAUGCUAUUCCCCUUCCCUACUCUGUAACAUAAUCCUUUGGCUAAAAUAGGCCUAGUGCUUAGUAAACCUUUCCACUGCCAAGAGCAAGAAUGUCUUUGGAGACAGCGUAACAAAAAAAAAAAAAAAAAAAAAAAAAGACAAGUAGUGGGGAAGUAUUUAGCUUUAAGAGCCUUGGCCCAAGGUAAGUCCAAACUGUUUUCCAACAACCAAGCAAGCUUGUAGAGCAUAGCUAAAUUAACAUCUUCUAAUUUCCGAAUCCCCAACCCACCUACAGUUUUAGGUCUGCACACUUUGUUCCACGAGACAGGGGUGAAGGACACCUUAUGCGACACAUCUCAUUUCCAAAGAAAUCUGCUAGCUAAUUUAUCAAUAUUCCUGCACCAUUCUCGAGGAAGCUUGCACGCAAACAUAGUAUAAAUGGGCAUCAAGGAGACCACGGUCUUGACCAGAACUAAUCUACCCGCUUGCAAAAGGAACUUAGCUUUCCAAUCCUGAAGUCUCGCUUCCACACGGUUUCACAGCUCUUCAUGGUUCCUCAAUUUGCUAUUGCCUUAUGAAAAGAAGAUUUCCCAAAUAUUUUGCAUCGUUGGCCAACUCUUUAAUGCUGAGGAUAUUCUUAACACUCGCCUUCAAACUUCCCGUUACAUUCUUUGAAAAGAAGCAGCCAGAUUUCACCUUGUUGACUAGCUGUCCGAUCCAAUCACAAUAUUGUUGCAUGCACUUGGCCACUGCUUUGACUUUCUCUCUAUUUGCUGUACAGAAGAUCAGAAUGUCGUCUGCGAAAAAGAGAUGGGAAAUAGGUAGGCUUGAACUGCCAAUUUUUAUUCCAUGAAUUUUCCCUUUGCUCUUUAAUUUAUGGAGCAUUCUAGACAGAAUUUCCACAAAGAGAAUGUACAAGUAGGGAGAUAGUAAAAUGGAUGCCUGCCCUCUCAAAAUGGAGUAACAUUGACUAAAGAGAGAAACCACUCUAGUCAAGAACCAAAAUCUGAUGAGAACUUCCAAAUUUAUUCGAUAAUAUGCUUUGUGCAUGUAGAAUUUGAAUCCUACGAAACCUGUGGCGCCUUUUUUCCUUUUCAUUGUAUGAACUAUUUCAUUGACGAGGAUCGUGUUCUCACCAAUCCAUCUACCUGCUGUAAAUGCUGCCUGGUUUGGUGAAAUAAGCUCUGACAACAAAGGGCGUAUUCGAUUGGCCAAAAUAUUGCACAAGCUUAUCGGACGAAUGAACCACUAUUAUGAAUUUAUGAUUACCUCUGUUUCUCUGAAUGUUUAUAGGUUUGUUUAUGUUGAUCCUUUUAUAAAAUGAAAAUUCCUACAUUUAGAAAUUUGCCAAAGUAUGCUCCCACUCUUUAGACAUUUUCCCUCCCCACAAAAGCUUGGAAAAUCCUACUCUUGUCCCUUCGUACUACGCUUUAUGCACACACUCCUUACCAAUCCAAGUCCCAGAAAAUCCACCGAGUUGUCUGCUCUCCUGCAGGCCCGCCUUCCACCUUCCCAAGUCCUUCAAAUCCAUGCUCAAAUUUUUCAAGCUGGUGCACACCAAGAUAACCUCAUAACCACCCGUCUCAUUGGCCAUUACCCUUCUGUCGUCGCUCUCAGAGUUUUUCAUCAGCUCCAAACUCCCAAUAUAUUUCCCUUCAAUGCUAUUAUCAGGGUCUUGGCUGAGGAGGGUAACACCUCCCUUGCAUUUUCCCUUUUCCGAAAUCUAAAACGGUUCUCACUUUCGCCUAAUGAUUUCACAUUUUCUUUCCUUCUCAAGGCCUGUUUUCGUUCGAACGACGCCGGUUGUGUCAAACAAGUUCAUUCCCAUGUUGUAAAAGUGGGUUUUCUGGAUGAUUCUUUUGUUUGUAGUGGCCUCCUUAUGGUGUAUGCUAAAGGUCUUAAAAACAUGGCUUCAGCACAUAGGGUGUUUGAUGAAAUGAUCGACAGAAGCAUGGUUUCUUGUUGGACAUCUUUGAUUGCUGGUUAUGCUCAGUUAGGUGAGAUUGAGGAAGUUUUGCGGCUUUUCAUAAAAAUGGUUAAUAAAAAUUUGCAACCGACCGAUGAUACCCUUGUUAGUGUUUUGUCAGCAUGUUCAAACCUUGAAAUGAUUAAAAUUGAGAAUUGGGUGACUAUUCUGUUGGAACUUAUCGACAAUCUUGACUUGCAGAAUUUAGGUCGUGACUCAGUUAAUACUGUCCUUGUUUAUUUGUAUGGGAAAUGGGGAAUGGUAGAGAAUGGCAAGGAAAUAUUUGAUAGAAUAUCUGAUAAGGGAAAAAGAAGUGUACUUCCUUGGAAUGCCAUGGUAGGUGCAUAUGCUCAGAAUGGCUGUCCCAUGGACGCUUUGAGUUUGUUCCGCCUCAUGAUUAAACAUCCCAAUCAUAGGCCUAACCAUGUCACAAUGGUAAGCGUGCUGUCAGCUUGUGCUCAAAUUGGUGAUUUAGAUCUUGGUAAGUGGGUUCAUGAGUACUUGGAAUCUCAAGGACGCAAUGGCAUAAUUAGUUCAAACAAAAUCCUUGCCACUGCAUUAAUCGACAUGUAUUCUAAAUGUGGGAAUUUCGAGAGGGCAAAGGAGGUUUUCAACCAGAUAGUCUCCAAAGAUGUCGUUUCAUUUAAUGUCAUGAUUAUGGGACUGGCAAUGAACAGUGAAGGAAGGGAGGCAUUGCGGCUGUUUUUCAAUAUGCAAGAGUUCGGUUUACAACCCAAUGCUGGAACUUUCCUUGGUCUUUUAUGUGCGUGCAAUCACUCAGGUUUGACAGAGGAAGGACGUCAGAUAUUUAUGGAAAUGACUUCAAGGUUUUACAUUUCCCCUAAACUGGAACACUACGCUUGCUAUAUUGACCUCCUUGCACGAGUUGGCCUUGUUGAAGAAGCUCAUGAGGUUGCUAAUUCCAUGCCUUUCGACCCAAAUAAUUUUAUAUGGGGAGCUCUGCUUGGGGGCUGCCUGCUCCAUUCUAAAGUAGAGUUGGCCAAGGAUAUUUCCAAAAGGCUAGUUCAAGUGGACCCUGAAAGUUCUUCUGGCUAUGUGAUGUUCGCUAAUGCGUUGGCAUUUGAUCAUCGCUGGGCUGAUGUGACUAUGCUAAGGUGGAUUAUGAAGGAAAAAGGGGUUGUAAAGCAGCCUGGUUGUAGUUGGAUCAGCAUUGAUGGAGUUGUGCAUGAAUUUCUUGUGGGUUGCCCAUCAAAUCCUCAAAUAGAAAGCAUAUGUCAAACAUUGAAAGGAUUGACAAUGCAAAUGAAGGCAAUAAGUCCUCAGAGAACUUGCUACUGAGCUAGAAGUGAUACAAUUAUGAGAUUAGUAAGGCUAUGAUCUUCUACUUGUUUGGGAAGAAGAAGCAAGCGGGCUAAUUUCCGACAAAAUGACAGCCCUUUGGUUUUACAUAUCUUUUUGGUGGUAUUCUGCACUUGAAAAGAAUUCCUGGAAUCCUGGAUAGCAAUUUGAGGGCAAGGAUUUUGAUGCUUGAAGAUCGAGAUGAUCAUGAAGAUUAUGUUCAUAAUUAUAAUAGAAAUUCAUGAAUCAUAACCAUGCCUUACAUUUGGUAAGUUAGUUUUUAAGUUUCAACUACUUAUUAUUAUUUGUUAUUGUUGAUAAUUAUUUUCAUUGGCUUAAUCUUAGUUACUACAAAAGCGGAGCAUGUUAGUGCCGGUUUAAGGGGUAAGGCAGGUGGUG